AUGGCUGCUGAAAACUUCGACUCCGUGCCAACAGUCACCAUUAUCGGCGCAGGACCCUGUGGCUGUGCAUUUGCGGCCGACUUGGCCAGCCGCGGAAAGUCAGUCAUGCUAUACGCUCAUCCUGAUCAUCGCGGCGGGACAGAUAUGAUUGAAAGGAACAAUGGCUGGUUAAAUGCAGCUGGAGAGAUCAGUGGAAAGUUCCAAAUCCAAACCACCAGCGAUCUCUAUCUUGCCAUUCGACACUCUCCUUUCAUCGUUACCACAGUACCUUCAUAUGGGCAGGACACCAUCUUAACAUUGCUGAGCCAAUUUGACUUGCGAAAUCAUACCCUCAUCAUCAACGUGGGCAAUUUCUUCUACCUCUCCGCCCGCUCGAAGAUCAACGCCCAUGCAAUCCUCGAAACCGAUAUCUCUCCCUACGCCACUCGCAUUCAAGGCGACACGGUGUUUGUCAAGGGCUGCAAGAAGACUCUGUCAAUAUGGGCUGAACCACCAAGCACCACACAGGUCGAACGACUUGACCCCCAGGCCGAGCUGGGCCUCCGACAAAAGGUCGAGAUGAUCUUUUCUCAGAAGCUAGUGUGGUGUCAGAAUCUGCUCGAGGUGGGAUUGAACAAUGUCAACCCAGUCGUGCAUUGCCCUGCGGCACUCAUGAAUGCGGGAUGGAUUGAGGCUACCAAGGGUGAUUUCUACUUCUACGCCCAAGGGAUGUCACCCUCUGUUUCCCGCGUGACUGAAAAGGUGGAUAAGGAGCGUCUGGCUAUUUCCCACGCCUAUGGACUCGAAAUCACACCCAUCACAGCCUACAUGAACCAGAACUAUAACAAUGAUCGGGAAUACUCUGAUUACCACGAUUUUGCCUCCGGCUCUGUGGUCCACAACAAGACCAAGAGCUCCCCGACCACCCUGAAUCAUCGCUAUCUGUUGGAAGAUGUUCUAUACGGCUUGGUCCCCUGGUAUGAGCUCGGUCUUAAGUGUGGUUUGCCUUCGCCGACUAUCAGAGCACUUAUCGAGAUGGCUGCGGCUGUCAGCGGCUUUGACUACUUUGAGCACGGACGGACCCUGAAGUCUGCUGGACUUGACGAUGCCACUAGAGAUCAGGUGCUUGAUGCCUUGGGUGGACCAGUGGACAAGACCCCAAGUGCUCACGCACCCUGGUCAGACUCUCCUAUUGGCAACACACUGGAGUUGCAUGCUCCACUACAAACGGCUCGAGUCGGGGCGUGA